AUGGAUCCAUCAGUCCAGCGACUUUUGACCGACAAACUUUAUGACAAACGCAAGCAAGGGGCCCUUGAGCUCGAGCGCUUUAUCAGAGAGGCCAUUGCCGAUAAAGAACAUGACAAGAUUCGAAAAACUCUCGAUCAACUAUGUCAUGAUUAUGCCUACGCUGUUCAUCUGCCGCACGCUCGAAACGGAGGGCUCAUCGGGCUAGCUGCCGCUUCAAUCGCGCUAGGCUCUGAUGAAGUUGCCCGAUAUCUGCAGGUGAUAGUGCCACCUGUAUUGGCCUGUUUCACCGACCAAGAUGCCCGUGUGCGAUAUUAUGCCUGCGAAGCCAUGUACAAUAUCGCCAAAGUGGCAAAGGGCGAAAUUCUAGUCUUUUUCAACGAUAUAUUCGAUGCAUUGUGCAAGCUGGCGGCCGACUCGGAACUAUCCGUAAAGAAUGGGGCGGAGCUCCUCGAUCGUCUCAUCAAAGACAUUGUUUCGGAAUCCGCUGCCUCGUACGUAUCAGUGCUAAAUUUCCAGGACGAAGACGGCGAGAACACGAACUCAGACAAGGAGAGCUCUGAUUACCCCACUACAUUCUCUCUCGCCAAAUUCAUUCCACUUUUGGAAGAACGAAUCCACGUCCUCAACCCCUUUACCAGGACAUUCCUUGUCUCAUGGCUAACACUUCUCGAUACGAUCCCUGAUCUAGAACUCGUACAUUAUCUGCCAGCAUUUCUUGGCGGCCUGUUCAAGUUUCUAGGCGAUCCAAAUCGGGACGUUUACGUAGCAACUCAAGGGUUGCUGGAGCGCUUUUUAAAUGAGAUCAAGAAAAUUGCAAAGAUCAAAAGAGGCAUCGCGGAAAGUCGCAAGAGUCGAGUCAGCAAUGUCAAGCCGAAAACAGAAAGCGAAGACGGCAGCGCUACGGCAGCGAGCACAUCAGACGACAACGCUAUUGAAGAUUCCGAGUCAGGCACAGCUCAAGAUAUACUUGAUGACGACGAUGACACUGGUGGUGAUUGGAUACCUGGGCAGGAUGUUCAGGUUGAUCAUGCCGCCAUUCUUGACAUACUCCUUAAAUUCGUGGAUGGGCUUUCAAAACAAAAAGAGGAGGAGAUAGGAAUUGUGGCACUACGAUGGAUCGACAGCUUCUUCGAAAUCAGUCCCGAGGAAAUCCUGCCAUUUGUUCCACGCCUCCUGUCGCGAGUUUUACCGUCCUUAUCAUCCCAGUCUGAGCAGGUCCGAACCACGGCCAGCAAAGUUAACAGGUCAUUAAUGGACUAUAUUGUGAGUCUACAGGACGACAAGAGGACUGACCGUGAUGUUGCCCCGAGCAACCUUUCCGUGCUCAGCGCUCGAGAUGAAGAUUCGUCGGACCGAAGACAGUCUGGGGCGGCGUCGAAAGCAAGCCUUGCUCCAUCAGCAAAAGAAGCCGAGCCAAGCUCUGAGGCUUCGAUCGACGCUGAUCAGAGGUCAUUUGAAGCCACAUCAAGAGCAAGCGUCGCACCUUCACUGCAAGCGCCAGCUGACAUGGAUUACGCCGCGGCAGUCAACACAUUGACUUUGCAAUUUCUCAACGAGAAUGAGGAAACACGUGUCGCAGCCUUGAAUUGGUUGAUAAUGCUUCACAAGAAAGCACCAAAGAAAGUCCUGGCUUUCAACGACGGAACUUUCCCAGCCUUGCUGAAGACACUUUCGGAUCCAGCUGAAGCCGUUGUAACACGCGACUUGCAACUUCUCUCGCAAAUUUCAAAGAACAGCGAGGAUAGCUACUUCGCCUCAUUCAUGGUUGCGCUGCUGCAACUCUUUUCCACGGACCGCAAACUCCUCGAGAUCAGAGGCAAUCUGAUCAUCCGUCAAUUAUGCAUCAACCUGCAACCAGAACGAAUCUACCGAACAUUAGCGGACUGCAUUGAGAAGGACGAAGACAUCGAGUUCGCCAGCAUCAUGGUGCAGAAUCUGAACAAUAACCUCAUCACGGCCCCAGAGCUAGCUGAGCUGCGAAAACGGCUUCGAAAUCUUGAAAGCAAAGAUGGGCAGAUGUUCUUUGUUGCAUUGUUCCGUGCGUGGUGUUACAACGCUGUCGCUACAUUCUCACUGUGCUUGCUUGCACAGGCAUAUGAACAGGCAUACAAUCUGCUUCAGAUUUUUGCGGAUCUUGAAAUGACGGUGAACAUGCUUAUUCAGAUUGACAAGCUUGUUCAAUUGCUGGAAAGCCCAGUUUUUACUUAUCUUCGCCUACAACUCCUCGAACCAGACAGAUAUCCGUAUCUUUACAAAUGUCUAUACGGACUACUCAUGCUUCUUCCUCAGUCUUCGGCCUUUGGCGCCUUGAAAAAUCGUCUCAACAGUGUCUCGGCAAUAGGCUUGCUUCAUACGCCAGCUGCUAUGCCAACGUCGGCAAGGCCAUCUGGCGUAUCCGGAAUGGCAUCGUCGAACAUGCCACCCGCACCCACCGGCGCUGUUGCAGGGCGUCUGAGCCGGAAUCGCGAUAAUGCGGCCAACGAAGUCAAGUGGCCGGAACUUCUCGACAAAUUCAAACAAACACAAGAACGUGCGCGGCGCCGGAAUGAGCGACUGCUUCGAGGUGAUGACGCCGAUAUACCUCUAGCCGGCGGAUUGACCUACAGUCUCCUCGAUGGCGCCAGCGGUGGUAGAAUCAGCCGGACUGGUGGAAGGGAAGAGAGCGAAGGCAAAGCGCGCCAUGCAAGACCCCUGAGCAUGCUCAGUGGCCCUACCGGUCAAGGCGGACUUGCUAAGGCGGGUAGUGGUCUUACAGUAAACACUGGGUCAGCUCAGAGCUUGUUGGGCUCGGAAAGACCAACUCCACACAAGCGUGGACAUAGUCUCGCGGGCGGCUUGGGCAAGUUUGUGUCGAGAGCGGGCGGGAGUAAAGAUCGCGACAAGGCAAAGAAGUAG